CAACUCUUCCUACCGACAACUUUAGCUUGUCUUGUCCCCAUUUUUAUGCACUCUUCCAUUAUUUCCUUUUCUUAAUUCUCUCCAAUACCCCCACUUCACCUAAUUGCACAAAUCUCUCAUCUAUCUUUCUCUUUAUAUAAAAGCCAGCUAUCCACCACUUCUUCCAUCAAUCUCAACCAUUCUUUUAUAUUGUCUUCAACCCAUCUAUUCAAAGCAAUCUUGAAAAAGAAAAGCAGCAAUCUUGAAAAUUUUGAAAAAAAAAAUGGAGUGCGUUAUGGCUCAUGAGAAAGAUCUGAAUCUGAAAGCAACAGAGCUAAGAUUGGGAUUACCAGGGACAGAAGAUGAGUCUAUUGUGUCAAGUUCCAAGAAUAAGAAGAGGGGUUUGCCUGAAUCAGCUGAGGAUGAAGAUUGUGAAUCAAAGAAGAAGACACAAAUAGUGGGAUGGCCACCAGUUAGAUCUUACAGGAAGAAUAACAUCCAACCAAAGAAGACAGAAACUGAGUGUGGAAUGUAUGUCAAAGUUAGUAUGGAUGGAGCUCCUUAUCUUAGAAAAAUUGAUCUAAAAAUGUAUAAGGGGUAUUCAGAACUACUCAAGGCAUUAGAGAACAUGUUCAAGCUCAGUAUAGGUGAAUAUUCAGAAAGGGAAGGGUAUAAUGGGUCAGAAUUUGCACCUGCCUAUGAAGAUAAAGAUGGUGACUUGAUGCUUGUUGGUGAUGUUCCUUGGGAUAUGUUCUUAUCUUCUUGCAAAAGGUUAAGGAUAAUGAAAGGAUCAGAAGCAAGAGGCUUGGGUUGUGGAGUUUGAAAAGAGAAGAAUUUCACAGGCGAAGUUUGAAGUGAAAAUGUCUCUGUUGGCAGGAAAAAAGUGUCUUUUUCCAGCUUGGGUUGUCGAGUUAUAAGAACAUUGAAAUCCCUUUUGUAAUCAAACAAUUUUUUCUCUAGAUUUCCAACUGGGAACUGCAAACAGGAAAAAAAAAAGAACCCUUAGCAAUUACAGUUUGAAUCUUUUUCUGGGGUAAAAUGAAUAUAUAUGGCAGGGUAAAAACCAUGGUGGUUUUAUAGAUCUUGCAGUGUUAUUAUUAUUUAUUUAUUGUCUUUGGAAAAAUAGCAUCAAACAUACAAAUGAACGAUGUAUUUGCUGUGGAAGCAAUUGUAUAGACACAGUAUUUCUGCUACUCAAAUGAAAUCUUGAAUGUGAGCUGUUUCCUUGGUUAUCUUA